CUCCAAAACCCCCAAACACCACAUAAUUGAAAGAACCCUUCUUCCCCACACGCUCCGCUGCCGCUUCAUCCCGCCGCGGCCGCCACACCUCGCCGGUUCCGCUUAUCCUCAGCUCUUUUCCUCCCUUGCAUUCUAGGAACGCUUUCGACUCGUUGGCCACCGCUCCUCGGUUAAGGUUGAGCUUCAGAGUUUUAUAAAAUCACGAGAUAUGGACAUCGACUCAAAAGCACCUGAAAAUGCUGCAUCAGUUGAUACACAGAUUAAAGAUGCUGCUGACAACAUAUCCAAAACAAUGGAGCAGCUGAAUAUUGUAGAACCAUCCUCUAGCUUCAAGAAGAAACCUGUUAUCAUUAUAGUUGUGGGAAUGGCAGGAUGUGGAAAGACUACAUUUCUUCACCGGCUAGUCAGCCACACUAUGGCAUCAAACAUUCGAGGCUAUGUUAUGAAUCUUGAUCCUGCCAUCCUGACACUUCCUUAUGGUGCGAACAUUGACAUCAGAGAUACUGUUCGAUACAAGGAUGUCAUGAAGCAGUUCAAUCUUGGGCCAAAUGGAGGAAUUUUGACUUCACUUAAUCUGUUUGCUACAAAGUUUGACGAGGUCAUAUCAAUGAUUGAGAGACGAGCAGAUGAGCUUGACUAUGUGCUGGUGGACACUCCCGGCCAAAUCGAGAUUUUCACUUGGUCUGCAUCUGGAGCUAUUAUAACAGAAGCUUUUGCGUCAACAUUUCCCACCGUUAUAGCUUAUGUUGUUGAUACGCCACGUUCAGCUAGCCCAGCUACCUUCAUGAGCAAUAUGCUGUAUGCAUGUAGCAUCCUCUACAAGACACGGUUGCCACUGGUUUUGGUGUUCAACAAGACAGAUGUGGCACAACAUGAGUUCGCAUUGGAGUGGAUGAAAGAUUUUGAGGUAUUUCACGCGGCACUAGAUUCCGAUCAUUCUUAUACAUCGACCCUGACCCGUAGUCUCUCCCUAUCACUGGAGGAGUUCUAUAGUCAUCUGAGAUCAGUUGGAGUGUCUGCAAUCACUGGUUCAGGGAUGGAUGCCUUCUUUAAGACUAUUGAAGCCAGUGCAGAAGAGUACAUGGAAACGUACAGGGCUGAUCUUGACAAGAGACGAGCAGAGAAGGAGCGAUUAGAAGAAGAACGCAAAAAAGAGAACAUGGAGAAGCUCCGGAAGGAUAUGGAGAAGUCCAGGGGGGAAACUGUGAUAUUGAGCACGGGGUUGAAGGACAGACUUGUGGAAGAUGAAGAGGAUGAAGAGAUAGAGGACGAGGACAUGAUCAGUGAAGAAGAUUACGAAGAUGAUGAUGACGAGGAUGAAGAUCUAGCGAGAGGAUGAAGGGGUAGCCAGUUUUUUUUUCGGAUUGAGGCACGAGUCCACAAAAAAUCUACUAAGUAAACUUUGGUGUACAUGAAGUUGGAGUCGUUUAUUUCCUCUGGUGUGGUGAAAUUGACUAAAGUGGUCUCAUUUGUAUAAAAAGAUAGUACUAGCUGUGGAAGUUAUGCUUUAAA